UAGAAGCAAGUCGCUCCCGUGCCUUCCCGCCUCGCCUACAAAAAAAUUUGCUUACUUACUCAAGACUAUUAAAGUGAUCAUAAUUUAUUUCAUCUUAAAAAUUUCUGGUACUUGUGAAUAUUUUAUGUUAAACUGAGAAAAGAUAUAAAGUAUCAAAUGAGCCAAAAUGGCUAACAAAUCCCAAACAUUAUUGGAUAUAUUCCACGAGAUACUUGCUGCAUCAGGGAACUCUUCGGAUAUAAAAAGCAUUGAUGAGAGCAGAAUACUUUCAGUACUAAAGGAACAAGCAUCGAAAGAGAGAAGUAAAGAAAACAUUGGAUCUGUCCUAGUGAAAGUGGUGAACGAUGCUAAGCUUAAUAUUCCUAUGAAACCCGAAACGUGCGGUUAUUGUGAAGGUGAUUUCAGAGACGUUGUGGAAGCCUACAACAUCAUUCAUGGAUACGUAAGCUUAAUAGUAUGUACGAUAGGUGUGCUAGCGAACACAAUGAACGUCGCGGUGCUGACGCGGCGCGACAUGGCGGCCGCGCCGAUCAACCGCCUCCUGAAAUGGCUGGCUGUCGCUGACGUCUUCGUCAUGCUUGAAUACGUUCCUUUCUCGAUUUAUAAAUACCUGAUACUUCCAGAGACCUUAGAUUUUUCAUAUUCAUGGGCCAUGUAUCUUUUAUUUCACAUGCAUUUUGCCCAAAUACUACAUACUGCUUCGAUAUGCUUGACACUUUCAUUAGCUAUAUGGAGGUACAUCGCCAUAAAGUACUCUGAUAGAAGCCAUAUUUUAUGUACGGAGAGGCGGUGCAGUGUGGCUAUAUUGAGCAGUUUCAUUCUACCGCCAAUUUUAUGCAUACCCACGUUCAUGGUAUUUGACAUCCACACAAAGAACAUCAGUGACAUAAAUGGCCAUGCUGACAUCGUGUACCACGUCGAUUCUAACAGCCAAGGAAGUUUGUAUCAAAUUAAUUUCUGGGUACAUUCCGUUCUUAUAAAAUUGUUGCCCUGUUCGAUAUUAACUGUGAUAAGCAUGUGGCUGAUAAGGGCAUUGUAUAACGCAAAUCAACAUCAGAAGAACUUAAGAAAUUACAGUGCCUGUCCAGCCGCCGAGAAAAUGGUGAAAAGACAGCACAAGGCUGAUAAGAGAACAGAUAGAACAACUAAAAUGCUACUUGCGGUUUUAUUGCUAUUCCUGGUGACGGAAUUACCACAAGGAAUUUUGGGGCUUAUGAGUGGAUUACUGGGGUCGUGUUUUUUUAAACGAUGUUACGGCCUUUUUGGUGAAUUGAUGGACUUCCUAGCUUUGUUGAAUGGAGCUAUAAAUUUUAUCUUGUAUUGCUCAAUGUCACGGCAGUUCCGGCAGACUUUCCGCCAGUUGCUACUGCAGAAACACUUCGGCAGAUUCCUCCCAGCGACUGCUUCCCACUCGGACUCACACAACCAGAACACGUACACGGAAAAGAUAAAAAGAUAACUACAGCAGAGCACCAAUAUUUGAGUAACUGUG